AUGGAGCAAGACAGUGACCUGGGCUUUCCAGACGGUGGUUGGCGCGCCUGGAGCGUCGUUCUCGGCUCUUGGUGUGCCAUGGUGCCCUCAUUUGGACUCAUGAAUACAAUUGGCGUGUUCGAGGCUUGGUUGGCAGACCAUCAAUUGAGACACUAUUCAAGAGCUUCCAUCGGUUGGAUAUUCAGCCUAUACACGUUUUUCCUUUAUUUUGGAAGCGUGCAAGUUGGACCUCUGUUUGAUGCGCAUGGUCUUGCACCUUUGCUGAUCCCUGGAUGUGUUGGGCUCGUGGCAUCACUCAUGAUCUUCAGUGUUGCAGGAGGUACGAGCCUCUCUAAUAUAUCGGCAGACUCCGCCAAAGCUCACAUAAGCACUCGCAUAGAAUACUACCAAUUCAUGCUAGGAUUCAGUAUCCUUGGCGGUAUCUCCUCAUCGAUGGUGUUCACCCCUAGCGUUGCUUGCAUAGCCCAUUGGUUUCUCAGGCGUCGCGCCCUAGCUACCGGUAUAGCGGCGACCGCUGGGGGUAUUGGGGGGAUUUUAUUUCCUGUCUUGAUCUCUGUUCUCCCGGAUAACCUAGGGUUCCCUUGGGCUAUACGAAUCAUUGGAUUCCUAAGUGCGGCAUUUUGCUUUCUAAGCGUCGUGCUUUUGAGGACCAGACUACCCUUAACUUCAGCACAAAAGGGAAUAGUCGACAUGAAAGCUUUGAAAGAACUACGCUUCUCUUUGUUGACGGCGGCAAUAGUUUUGAUCGAUUUCGCCCUCCUGAUUCCGUUGACUUAUUUGCCGUCCUAUGCUCAAUCUAGCGGCUUGGGAGAUUCUCUCGCAUACAACCUUUCGUCUAUAUUAAAUGCUGCGUCUAUCAUUGGGCGGGUUGUCGCUGGAUAUUUUGCAGACCGAUUUGGACGAUUCAAUGUGAUGAUCGUCACAACGCUCAUCUGUUCAGUGUUGACCUUCGCCCUAUGGCUUCCGGCCCAGUCGGACCAGGCGGCCAUUUUGGCAUUCACCGUGCUUUUUGGAUUUUGGGGCGGCACUGCAAUCAGUCUAUCUCCUGUUUGUGUUGCACAAAUCUCUAAAACACAAGAUUUCGGAAAGCGUUAUGGCAUGACGUAUUUCUUUGUCAGUAUAGGCGCACUUGUGGCCAUUCCAAUUGCUGGCGAGCUUUUGAAAGUUCAGACAUCCACGAUGGGCCACGAUGACUACGCUAGUCUGAUCAUCUUUUGUGGGCUUGUCUAUUCUUGUGCAUGUGUCUUUUUUAUCUUAUCCAGAGGCGUGAGUGUUGGUUGGGGGCUGAGAGUUUUCUAG